AUGUAUGUGAUCCUCGUCAACAGUGGCGGGGGCGCCAGCACCGUGCCAGCCCGCGAGGGGCUGCUGCUGAGACAUGGCAGGCAGACAGAGGCUCUAAUUCACUCCUCUCUCCUGACCUCUGGCCUAGGGGAAUGUGUGCCUGGGCAGCAGGAACCAAAGCCCGCCCCCGUGUCGAGAACCCGCCGGGCUGUGCUCCCCCAGGAAGAGGAAGGAUCUGGGACCGGGCAACUGGUGAUGGAGAUGAACAAGAAAGAAGACUCCUGCCAGCUGGGCUACUCUGAGGGCCCCUGCUUGGGACUCUUCGAGAGGUAUUUCUACAACGGCUCGUCCAUGGCCUGCGAAACCUUCAACUACGGCGGCUGCCUGGGCAAUGGCAACAACUUUGUAUCGGAGAAGGAGUGUCUGCAGACCUGCCGGACCGUGGCUGCCUGCAGCCUGCCCAUAGUCCCCGGCCCAUGCCGCGGCAUUUUCCCUCUCUGGGCAUUUGAUGCCGUCCAGGGGAAGUGUGUCCUCUUCAACUAUGGUGGUUGCCAAGGCAACGGCAACAAGUUUUACUCAGAGAAGGAGUGCAAGGAGUACUGCGGGAAGCCUGGUGACGGGGACGAGGAGCUGCUUCCCUCCAAUUGACAGCUGGUCUGCAAGCCGGGGGUGGCUGGUGGCUGUCCCAGGGCGCUGCGGCAGGCCGGGCAGAGUGACUCGAG